GAAUUGUUUGUACUUAUUUAAAGCUCGUCGAACGAAAUCGCAGAGAGCACAUUAUUGGACACAGACGAGAGAAAGUCAAGCAAACUAUAUCCUUGGAUCCUUAGUAUUACCAAAUACGAUUGGAUGAGAAGUGUGUACAUAUUAGAUAUAGCACAAUGCUGCCCGAUAUCAUUGGAGAUAGUGUAGCAAAUGCAGAUACGAAGCACGGAAAGCCGGAGUGCGGCAACUUUAAGGCUAUUGGCAUCGACAUAGACACAACUGGACGUCGCCUUUGUGACAAGAUAUUCCAGUUGGCCGCGUUCACGCCAACUGAACACUUCGAGCAAUACAUAAUGCCAUCUGUGAAUCUAAACUCGGCUGCCCGACAGCGCCAUCAGGUUUGUGUUAUUAAAGUGAAAGGCCAUCGUGUGCUGAAAUCGAUGCAAUCGAACAAGAUAAUUAGAACAGAAUCUGAAGCCGCGGGCUUUACGAAGUUAAUUGGCUGGCUGGAAGAGCAGAAUUCCAAUUGCGACGGCAUUGUGCUCAUUUGCCAUGAGGAGCGUAAAUUUAUACCCCUCAUGAUAGUACAAUCGCUGAUCAACCUUAAUAUGCUAACCGCAUUCGCCAAAUUAGUUAAAGGCUUUGUCAAUACAAAUAAUUUGGCCAUGGCCACGAUGGGCGGUGCCGAUCGCAUGUAUUUCAAUGUGCGCAACCUAUCGAAGCUCCUCAACAAGGGCAGGGAGGACAAUGUGCUCGAGGAGUUUGUUGGCAGCGCCAAUGCACGUGCCAAGCUGGCAUUCAAUGUGGCCGUCGAGCUGUGCGAUCGGGAGCCGCGUUCCUCCAAGGAUUCCGGCAGCCUAUGCCAAGCACUAAGCCCAUACAUCGAUACCAUUGAUAUUGAAAUCCGUGACUUGGCUUUGGAGAACGUGAAUCUAAAGCGCCAGAACUCGUUCCGCCCACUAUUUUUAAACUACUUCAAGACCACGGUGCACCGUGUGCGUGCUGUUAAAUUUCGCAUUUUACUGGCCGAAAAUGGCCUCGAUUUGGGCAUAUUGAACGAAAUCUGGAAUGAGAUACGCAUGCAGGGCCUGAUCUCAACGUUGGCGCCCAUUGAGAGCCUGACCAGCAAGGAGAAGACUGAGCUAGUCAUCCUGCUGGAUAGUUAUUUUGAUCCCAAGAAGGUCGACAUCAGGCCUGUGGCCAAGGCUGCGCGUCGCCGCCGUAGACACAAUAAUUCGCCAGCUUCGACAACUGGCGGGAAAGAGACUCUUGACCAGAAUCUGUCCUUUCAGCCAGACUCAACGCCCAAAACAUCGACGCCCAACAAAGAACGCGUAGCAAAUGGCAAAAGAACUAGAAGUGCCAAUGGCAAUGAGAGUAACAAUGAAAACAGAAACGAGGAUGGAAACAACCAUCGCGGAAAAGUUCGCCGCAAACGCAACGCUCGCCGCAUGAAGCCAGCCGCCCAUAAAUCUGGCCAGGAUGGGGCUGCCACGGAGCAGCCUCUACAGGAGAACAAGCGUAAUUAAAUUGCAAAACUAAUUUCAAAACAAAAUCAAAAUUCAAGUUUAAAUCGAAACAAAAUCUGCGCGAACAAGAAUAUUUAAGAAGCGAAGUUGAUACGAAGACAAAAGUAACUUUUUAAUAUUAAAAGAAAGAAAAACGUUAAAAAAAAAAACCCAAACGAUCUGAACCUGUCAAAGCUGUGAAGAAACUAGACAAACAGAUCGAUUAUAAGCAAAAAUGAUGCAUGUGCAUAACUUAAAUAAUUAUACUAUUGA